CUGAUCAAUAUGCUUCGUGUGAAAACUACGAAAACGCAAACAACGCAUGGCUCUUCGCUUAUCGCCGGUAGGUACAGGUACGUUGACUAAUGGACCGAAAUUGUUGCUGCGUCUUGGGACUCAGCCGGCUGUCGCUGCCUCUGGGGCACUUGAGCACGUGCAUGUUAUGCGGCGGGCGCGGCCACACUGGAGAUUAGGAAAUUCAUACUACGCACGAAGCAACAUCAUCAUACGCUUUGAUGCGCAAUCUGUGCUCGAUGGUGGGGAGGUGAGCUGAAUAUGUCAGCCGCAAGUACAUAAACUUCGGAGUUCCUGAAUGUAGUUCAGAACUACAACUUCAACUCCAACCAUCGAUGAAAGUCUGCGCGAUGCGUCCAAACUUUGCAUUUGCAGCACUCUACUUGCUGAACGGACAUGUCUCUUUAGCAGCACCGUCUGCCAAGGCCCAGAAUCUGACUGUUGAUCUGGGCUACGAGGUCUAUCGUGGUGCUUACGACUCGACUGCACAACUCGAUAUCUGGAGAGGUAUUCGCUACGCAGCACCCCCAAUUGGCGACCUCCGUUGGCGAGCACCGGCUGCCCCGAUUGCUUCUGAGAAUGGCGUCGUUGACGCGAUCGAGUUUGCACCUGGAUGUCCUCAAGCUGCCCCUGUGCCUUUUCCAGCCAUCCCAGGGAUAUCCGGUAGUGAAGACUGCUUGUUUCUUAACGUAUACGCACCAAGAUCUAAGAAGAAAACUAAGCUUCCGGUGCUCGUUUGGAUCCACGGUGGUGGAUAUGGCUUUGGAAAUGGGCAGCAGGACAUGCGCGAAAUCAUUAAAGCGAAUGACAACAAGUUUGUCGCAGUCUCUAUUCAGUACAGACUUGGGGCUUUCGGAUUCCUCUCGUCAGCUGAAGUGGAGCAGAACGGUGCUCUUAACACUGGUAUUCUAGAUAUGGCUUUUGCCCUGCAGUGGGUUCAGAAUCACAUUGAUCAGUUCGGGGGCGAUAAGUCACAAGUCACUGUUUCUGGUCAAAGCGCUGGUGCUGGUGGUGUGAUGCAGCUUGCUAUCGCAAAGAACGGCACUUUGAAAACUUCUUUGUUUAAGAAUAUUGUGGUUGCCUCGCCUUUUCUCCCACCACAGUACAAGUUUGAUGGCUCGAUACCGACGAGACAGUAUAAGAGCUUUGCAUCUUAUGCUGGAUGCGCGAACGCAACUGAUGUUCUCUCAUGUCUGCGCAGCAAGGAUACCCUCACAUUGCAAAAUGCAAACUCAAACACAAAUGCUGCCAAUUUCUAUGGUAAUUGGGCAUUUGCUCCUGUGGUAGAGCCGAAUACUGGUUAUGUUACUACUCAUCCAAGCAAUGCUCUAACAGCAAAACGCGUCAACGGCGAGCACAUCCUGGUUGGUAACAACGCCAACGAGGGGCCGCUCUUAGUUCCCACGAUCAACAGUACUGAAGCUUUUCACACUUGGCUAGAGGGCAACUUCCCUUUGCUUACUUUGGCUGAAUUGGACGCCAUUCUCGCAGCGUAUCCGGCUUCAGAACUGCCGAUCAAGAUUAACGAUGCGUUCGCAACCUCGGGCUUUGGUCCAGUGACAGCUCUUGAUGUCAGCUCAUUCGCAACUGGCAUGCAACAGCGCGCAAACAAUAUCUUUGCAGAAGCAACCUUUGUGUGUCCGUCCUACUGGCUUAAUGACGCCUUCACGACACAGAAACGCAAGUCAUUCCAUUACCAGUACUCGGUAGUUGGUGCCUUGCAUGGAAGCGACGUGAGCGCAUAUUUCGGCCCUGCGACACCAAGUCAGCCACCUCCCUUUACCGAUGCUCUCAGACAGAUCUGGGGAGGCUUUGUCACGGUAGCAGACCCAACUACUGCAAAGGGUCUGAAAGACCUGAAAUGGCCCGUAUGGAAGCAAGACGGACGAAGCCAGAUGAUCAACCUGAACACAACGGGAGGUGUGCCCUACUCUGCUCUGCAAUUAACAGGCAUGAAUCUUACAGAGUACAUGGAACCUGGACUACGAAAUCGUUUCAGCCUUGUGAAUGCGCUACAGUGGGAAGGGGACCGGGGCGCAAGAUGUGAGCUUUGGAGAAACAUCACUAGCAGAGUACUUGUCUAG